AUGGUAGUUCUUUACGCCGUCCACAAGUAUGCUUUCGCAACAUGUGUAUUCUUCUGCUACAUUGUCAUCGUAAUAGCCACGUUUGCUCUUUUCGUUCUGUUUUACUCGGAUACGACGGACGGCUUCACAGCUCACAGCAUACUUGUGUACGCUGUAAAGAACUACCAUAUCAAUCGAAAUCUUGCAGAAAUUGUAGACUCACUGCAAGAAAAUUUGAAAUGUUGUGGUGUAUCGUCAACGGCUCAAGGCUAUCGGGAUUGGAAUCUGAGUUAUCAGUUCAAUUGCAGUGCAUCAAAUCCGCAACCGGAGAAAUGCAGCGUACCAUUCUCAUGUUGCCGAAAAUCCGUGAUUUCAGAAGCGGCUGGCUCGUCUGAUUCUCUACUGCCUGCCAUGCGUUCGUUAGAAUGCUGGCAAAAUACGUUGAAUAAACGACCACAAGAUCUCGAACAUGAUAUUUACACUCGCGGUUGUCUCCAACCUCUCCGAAAUGUUUUUGAGUCAAACGCCACUCAUAUUGCGUUCGCAGUCACGGUCAUAGUUGUUCCAGUGUGCAUAUCCAUUUGUCUCACGAAUGUGCUGGCAAGGCAAAUCAAUCACCAACGAAUUUUACUGGAAAGAGAAGCAAGACGCAAAGAGCGGCAGCAGAAACGCGAAUGCCGUCGUGGAAGAACUCGAACCAAUGGUCGACACAAGGACGGAAAAACCUCCGAUUAUGAACCAAAAGAGGCGAUAGACUCAUCAAAGGGCUCAUUGGUUGCUUCAUCCAAACUGCCAGUGGAGCAGUCGACGAAAUUGGAACCACAGCAAUAG